GCGGGUAGUUGUGGGAAUAGCUGUUCACCUUCUUCGGUCGCUCACCUGUGUGCCAUUCUCCAUCUCUCCUCCUCCUCCUCCUCUUCCUGUACAUGCACGUCAUUUUCCAUAUCCACGCAAUUUUAUAUAUCGACGUGAGUUGGUACAUCUGUGUGGUUCGCCUCCCCCUCUCUCUCGUCUCUCAGCGCCCGUCGACUUCUUCAUCUCUGGCUCCUGCUCCUCCUCCUCUUCCUCCUCCCCUCUCCUCCUCCUUCUCCUCUUCCUCCUGGUCGGGCACGGGCAAGGGGCAACGGGCUAAUCAUCCUGCGGGUUCUGUCUCUGCAGGAUAUCUGCCUUUGCUGGAUUUCAUCAACUGCCACAGGCAACACUGAGAAGAGAUUUGCACAGCUCGGAAUAUGAAGCUGAGCUGCGCUGUUAUUCCAGGAUCUGAUCUGUUUGCAGCUUGGAAGUGACCGACGACCUUAUAAAUCAGGAAAGACACACAGAAGAUUUGGAGGAUUUCAGAUUGCCCUUUGCGUCGUCGAGGGGGGGAAGAACCAACUGAUCUUGUGGCUGAGCUCGAGUAUUCAUUCUUUACAAGGGAAAAAAAAAAGGUUUGCAAACUUACCCGCAACCUUAUCCAGGAUGGACAAGCUGGCAAAACUGGGCAAGCUCGCAGAAAAGGCAGGGAAGAUUGGGAAUCUGGUGCAGCCUUUCAUGGGCGGGGCUGGCCAACAGCACGCCGCUGCAGCGCAGUCUGCACCUCCACCACCACCGUAUGGACAGUACGGUGGUGGGCAGGGCUAUGCUUCUCACGCUCCAGCUCCCUACGCCCAACCUUCUCCUGCGGGCCAAGUUAUCUUAUUAACCUGCAUAAAGUGUAAUAGUACACUCCAGCUUCCUGCGGAAGCGAAGUCUGUCAUUUGUGGAGCUUGCCACCAUGUCUUCCAUGUUGGAUAUCCUACUCAGCAGCAGCAGCAGCAGCUCCAUUCGUAUCCGCCACAGCCAUCUCGUCCAACUCCGUCUGCACCACCUGUGCCGCCGCCGGCCGGCUACCCACAAUCCAGGUCGUUGUCUGGGGCUCAAUCAUCUGCCUACCCCUCCUGGUGAUGCAUCGACGUAGCGAGUGGAUAAAGCCACGUGGCAGCUCCACGUGGUGGCUCCACGCGGCAGCUCCAUGUGGCGGCGCCAUGUGGCAGCCAGGUUGAGAAAAGUCGACUUUUGGGAAGCCUGGGGACUUGUGCAACAAACAUGAUGAUGAUGCGCCUCCUAGCUCUCUGGCCUGAUAGAUAAGGGUGGCGAGGUUCAGGAUAAGGCUUGAUUGAUCGAGUGGCCAGGAUUGCGCUCUGGGUGUGGUAGAUCGAGUGGCAAGAGUCCGGCUGUGUGCCUUGGCGGACUGAGUGGCCAGGAUCGGGCUCUGGCUUGGUUGGUCGGACUCUGUCUUGGUAGAUUCAGUGGUCAGGAUUGCGCUCUGCCUCGGAAAUUAUGGAGUGGCCAGGAUCGGGAUCUGCCUUGGUAGAUUUAGUGAAAUCAGUCUUUGCCCUGGUGAAUCGAGUGGCCGGGGUUGGGCUCUGCCUCAGCAAGAUUAGGUGGCCAGGUGGGCUCUGCCUUUAGUGGGGGCCAGGCUCUGACUCUGCUCGUGGUAAAUUGAGUGGCCAGGAUUGGGCUCGGCUUUGGUAGAUCGGACUCUGCCUUGGUAGAUUGAGUGGCCAGGGUAGGGCUCAGCCUCAGUAAGAUAAUGUGGCCAAGUUGGGCUCUUCUUUUAGUGGAGGUGGGUCUGCGUUGGUAGAUUGGACUCUGCCUUGGUAGAUCGAGUGGCCAGGUUUGGGCUCUGCCUUUAUUUUGGGGUCACACUCUGGCUCUGCUCAUGGUAAAUUGAGUGGCCAGGCCCAGGCUCCACCUUGGUUAUUGCAGGUGAAAUACUUAUGGGCCAAGUUUUUGGUGCCCCAUUUUGGGGGGCUAGUUCUCAGAUUCCUCACUCAGGGACUUCGGUGUGCUAUAUCUAGUGCAGUUCCUGAUGCUGUGCACAGUGCGAACCUUUCUUCUGUGCAUUGCGUUUUUUUUUUUUCGGUUUGCCAUAUGUAAUGAAAAUAUAUGUAAUGAAAAUAUAUGUAAUGAAAAUAUAUGUAUCAAUAUAUAUAUACUAUAUACUCCAACAAAACAGUUUGUCACAG